AUGGUGAUGCUGAACCCCUUAUUCAGACUGCACGGCCUGUUCGUGGCCUCGCAUCCUUUAGAGGUGAUCGUGGGAACGAUCGCCGUGACGAUCUGCCUCAUGUCCAUGAACGCCAUCGCUGGCGGCGACCGAAUCUGUGACUGGAAGCACCAGUGCCCUAAAGCACAAGAGAAACUUCUGAGCAGCGACAUCAUCAUCCUGACGGUCACCAGGUGCACGGCCAUCAUCUACAUCUACGUGCAGUUUAAAAACCUGAGGCAGCUCGGCUCCAAGUACAUGCUGGGCAUUGCUGGACUCUUCACCGUGUUCUCCAGCCUCAUCUUCAGCAUCGUGGUCAUUCAUUUCCUAGGCAAAGAGCUCACCGGACUCAAUGAAGCGCUGCCUUUCUUCCUGUUGCUGAUCGAUCUGUCCAAAGCCUGCACACUGGCGAAGUUUGCUCUCAGCUCAAACUCUCAGGAGGAGGUGAGGGAGAACAUUGCUCAGGGCAUGGCCAUCCUGGGGCCCACCUUCACCCUGGAUGCCGUGGUGGAGUGCCUGGUGAUCGGAGUAGGAACCAUGUCCGGUGUGCGGCAGCUCGAGCUGGUGUGCUGUUUCGGCUGCAUAUCUGUCCUGGCCAACUACUUCGUCUUCAUGACCUUCUUCCCUGCCUGCGUCUCUCUGGUGCUGGAGCUUUCCAGAGAGAGUAGAGAGGGGCGGCCCAUCUGGCAGCUGAGCCAGUUCGCUUGUGUCCUGAAGGAAGAAGAAGACAACAAGCCAAACCCUGUAACCCAGCGUGUCAAAAUAAUCAUGUCUCUGGUGCUGGCGCUGGUUCACACACACACACGUCUGCUAUCCGAGUCUCAUUCCACUAACUCCUCCAGCUCUGCGGUGGAUCUGCACAGCCCAAACCUGGAUACACACACGCCCAUGACCAGUUUGGACAUGGAGCAGGUCAUCACUCUGUCUUUAGCUCUGUUGCUGGCCGUGAAGUACGUCUUCUUUGAGCACGAGGAGACCGAGACGUCCUUGUCAAUCAAAACCCCACAGAACUUCCUGUCCAAUAGGAGAGCAGGAGAGGAGUGCUGUAGGAGGGAUGUAGCUUUACCCAGAACGCCACACAUGGUGAACGCCAGCACAGAUCCAGCUCCAAACUGCACUGCAGACACCAGAGGAUGUCCUGUUUUUUCCCCCCGGUUAGAUAAAGAGACUCAGCAGCAGGCUGCGUCGUGUCCUUCAGCUCAGAGACAUCCAGCAGAAGAAGAGUCCGAGGAAAGAGAAGCACCUUUCCCUAAAACUUCACUCCAUCCUCGUCCUGUGAGCGAGUGCCUGAGCAUCCUCAGAGACCCGCAGCAAGGAUCACGUUGUCUGAGUGACGCUGAAGUAAUCGCGCUGGUGGAGAACAAGAGCAUUCUGGGAUACCGCCUGGAGGCAGAGCUGGAGACUCCAGAAAGGGGCGUGGCUAUACGGCGGACGAUGCUAGUGCCUAAGUUGCCCCGCCCCUCAGCCCUGGAGAACCUCCCUUACACAGGCUAUGACUACUCCAAGGUGAUGGGCACAAACUGUGAGAACGUGAUUGGCUAUGUGCCAGUACCAGUGGGUGUGGCCGGACCUCUGCUAUUGGACGGGAAGGAAUUCUACGUUCCCAUGGCGACGACAGAGGGCUGUUUGGUAGCCAGCACCAAUCGAGGUUGCAGGGCCAUCACUCUCUCAGGUGGAGCGAGUGCCCGUAUCCUGGCUGACGGUAUGACUCGUGGACCAGUUGUACAGUUGCCGUCAGCGUGUAAAGCUGCAGAGGUGAAAUCGUGGUUGGAGAGUUCUGAUGGCUUCAAUGCGAUUAAACAUACAUUCGACAGAACCAGCAGGUUCGCUCGGCUCGACAAGCUGCAGGUGUGUCUGGCUGGCAGGAGCCUCUACAUCCGCUUCCAGUCUGAGACCGGUGACGCCAUGGGCAUGAACAUGCUGUCUAAAGGUACAGAAGAGGCAUUGCACAGACUGCAGGAACAGUUUCCCGACCUCCGUGUGCUAGCGGUCAGCGGAAACUACUGCACCGACAAAAAAGCUGCAGCCAUCAACUGGAUCCACGGCCGAGGGAAGUCCACCGUGUGCGAGGCCACAAUUCCAGCUAAAGUGGUGCAAGAGGUGCUGAAGACGAGCACUGCAGCUCUGGUGGAGCUGAACAUCAGUAAGAACCUGGUGGGUUCUGCGAUGGCCGGCAGUAUAGGAGGCUUUAACGCACAGGCCGCUAACAUCGUAGCAGCGAUGUACAUUGCGUGUGGACAGGACCCAGGACAGACAGUAGGCAGCAGUAACUGUAUCACUCUAAUGGAGGCUGUCGGGCCGGACGGAGAGGAUCUGUGUAUUUCCUGUACGAUGCCGUCUAUAGAGCUGGGUACCGUUGGCGGAGGCACAAACUUACCACCACAACAAGCUUGUUUGCAGAUGCUGGGAGUACAGGGUGCGAGUACAGACCAUCCCGGGGAAAACUCGCGCACUUUGGCGCAGGUGGUGUGUGCGGCGGUGAUGGCAGGAGAACUCUCGCUCAUGGCUGCUCUUGCUGCUGGACACCUCGUCAAGAGUCACAUGACCCUGAACAGAUCAAAAGUCAACCUUUCAGAAAUGUCCGGAUCGACGAGGAAGAAUCCGUCCUGAUGUUGUGUUUCCUGCGAGACAGGAAUCUUUGCUAACUACAACACGACUCUCACGAAGGCAAAAGUGACUCAGAACAAAAGACAAACUCUGCCUUUUUUUUUUUUUUUUUAAAAAAGCCAGCAGAAAGCAUGCGGACACCAACGCAGAGAGAGAGAGACGGAGAAAUGAAUCCUUCUGAAAUCCAUGUCUGUGCUUCAGCAGCAGCUUUGCACUAGUGUUUGGACAGCGACGAAUGUCUGUACGCCGUAACGGCGAAGUAUUGUGACGGUAUCAAACCAGUCGGAGACGGCGAGCGAGAAGGCGCCGGUUUCCUUUAAUCAGGAGAAUACUGAACGCUGCAGUGACAUAGCAACAUCACUACUACAAGCUAAUUCUGUAGUACGCUAACUUCUGAAUCCGUUAAAAGAUGGCUGCUUUGUGUGUGUGUGUGAAUGUGCUAAAGGUCAGCAUGUGAAAUUAAAGUGUUUAAUUCACUGGAUCAGAAACAAAAUGGAAUCUUGGGUGAACACACACACGAAGUGAACAUGCUAUUGUAGUCUGAUUAAAUAAGUCACCACCAUUAAAGGCGGCGACUGUUUGUUUUAUCCGUUUACGGUUACGUUUGUCGUCGUGAAGCGAAACCGAUAGCAGGUAUAACAGUCACACACACACGACUAUUCUGAGAAGAUCCUGCAAAAUAAAAUACCAGUAAAUCCAAAUUACUGGUCUGCUUCAUAAAGAUCAUUGGACUGUUGUUUUUUUUUGCCAAAUAAAAAAAACUAACCACUGUUCUUCA